AUGUCUGCAAUGAAUGAAGAUGAAAAGCGCUGGAAAUUUGCGCAAUGCUUCGGUGACAAGGGAGAUUCAGAUGAUAUCACAGAAGCUGAUAUUAUUUCAUCUGUUGAGUUUGAUCACACGGGCGACUACCUGGCGACUGGUGACAAGGGUGGAAGAGUUGUCUUGUUUGAGAGAAAUGAUGGAAAGAAAGGCUGCGAAUACAGGUUCCACACAGAAUUUCAGUCUCAUGAACCUGAAUUUGAUUAUCUAAAGAGUCUGGAGAUUGAGGAGAAGAUUAACAAAAUCAAAUGGUGUAGAAGAACGAACUCUGCUCAUUUCCUGCUGUCUACUAACGACAAAACCAUCAAACUGUGGAAGGUGUUUGAAAGAAACAUCAGAGUUGCUCAAGAAUACGACAACAAUGUCACAGCCAGAAACGGGUUAUUUAUACCAAAGAUCUCGCAUCAGGACAGCAUUGUUGCUGCUAUACCCAGAAGAAUAUAUGUCAACGCUCAUGCGUACCACAUCAAUUCAAUCUCAGUGAACUCGGAUAGUGAGACGUACCUGUCUGCUGAUGAUCUGAGAAUUAACCUAUGGAAUCUGGAUAUUUCAGAACAGAGCUUUAACAUUGUCGAUAUCAAGCCUGCAAACAUGGAAGAGCUGACAGAGGUGAUUACUGCUGCCGAGUUCCAUCCUCAGCAAUGCAAUCUGCUCAUGUACAGCAGCAGUAAAGGAACAGUCAAAUUGGCCGAUAUGAGAGAGUCUGCCUUAUGCGACCAAAAUGCCAAAGUAUUCGAGGCAUAUGAAGAUCCCAGCAAUCGAUCCUUCUUUUCCGAAAUCAUCUCAUCCAUCUCUGAUGUCAAAUUCAGCCCUGAUGGUCGAUACAUUUUGGCUCGAGAUUACUUGACACUGAAGAUCUGGGACAUUAACAUGGAGAGUAAGCCUGUGCAAACAAUCAAUAUCAAUGACAAUCUACGAAGCAAUUUGUGUGAUUUGUAUGAAAACGAUUGCAUUUUCGACAAAUUUGAGUGCAUGUUCAGUGGGGAUGGAGAAAGCGUCAUGACAGGCUCGUAUAGCAACAACUUUUCUAUAUACAGCCGCGAGACACGAGACGAAAUUCCACUUCAAGCUGAUAAAAGCGCCUUCAAAGCAAAACGAUUAGGAUCUGCAAAGAAUAAGCUGACCUUGGGUCGUAAUGGCAAGAGAGAAGAUGUAGAUCCUGUUGAUUUUGGCAAAAAGAUAUUGCACGCAUCAUGGCAUCCACGAGAUAAUAUCAUUGCUGUAGCUGCCACCAAUAACCUCUUUAUUUUUGCUGAGUAA